AUGUCGGCGAGCCCUGGGCCUCGUGACUCAGACCGACUGCUGUUGGAACUCCAGGCCCCAGGGCCGGUGGGACUGCAGACACUGUUGGACCUGCUAGUGGGGGUAUACCAAGAGUUCCGCUUCUCACCCCUUGCCAGGGAGAAGUACGUUGCAGGCUUCCUGCAAUGGGUGGAGCCCCUGGUGAGGCAGGUGAAGAAGACGCGCAUCAAGAGGGAUGACUUCCACAUCUUGAAGGUGAUUGGUCGAGGGACCUUCAGUGAGGUGGCUGUAGCGAGGAUGCGUAGCACACAACAAGUGUACGCCCUGAAGAUUAUGAAUAAGUGGGACAUGCUGAAGCGAGGAGAGACAGCGUGUUACCAAGAGGAGAGAGAGGUUCUGCUGAAGGGUGAUCGACGCUGGAUCACCGAGCUGCACUACGCCUUCCAGGAUGACAAUUACCUGUACCUGGUGAUGGACUACUACGUGGGUGGUGACCUGUUGACCCUGCUCAGUAAGUUUGGCGACCGUAUCCCUGAGGACAUGGCGCAGUUCUACCUGGCUGAGAUGGUCAUGGCCAUUGACUCCAUCCACAGGAUGGGCUAUGUGCACAGGGACAUCAAACCUGACAACAUCCUGCUGACGGCAGAGGGCCACAUCAGGCUGGGGGACUUUGGUUCCUGUCUGAGGGUCCAGGAGGACGGCAUGGUGCACUCGUCCUUGGCAGUAGGCACACCCGACUACCUGUCCCCAGAGAUCCUGCGUGCGGUGGAGGGAGGGGGAGGCUAUGGCCCUGAGUGUGACUGGUGGGCCCUGGGGGUCUGUGCCUACGAGAUGCUGCAGGGGACCACACCCUUCUAUGCAGAGUCCAUCUCGGAGACCUAUGCCAAGAUCAUGAACUUCCAGGAGCACUUUGACUUCCCCCCGUCUGGCCCCGAGGUUUCAAACAUGGCCCGUUCCCUCAUCAUGGGGCUGAUCUGUGAGAGGGAGGAUCGUAUGGGGGCUGGGGGCUCAGGGGACUUCAGGGGCCACCCUUUCUUCUGUGGACUAGAUUGGGGCUCCCUGCAUGAACUUCCAGCACCCUUCGAACCUGAAGUCUCCAAUGCCACUGACACCUCAAACUUUGACGUGUUGGACAACUGCCUCAGUGAAAUGGAAACACUGAGUGACGUGAUGGACAGGGCCCCUAUCGGUGUUCACCUGGCUUUCGUUGGCUAUUCCUACACAGCUACAAGACAGACAGGUGCCUUGGACCGCAGUUGUGACAUCAUGAUGGAGAUUGACCACCAGCGGCAUCAAGGGUUGCCAAGCCUCAAUUUCCAGGACAAGCUGAGUCAGAUGUGGCAGCUCAGAGACGCUCUGACAUCAACUGACAGCCUGCCUGCCCUGCUUGAGCUCCCCCUAGCCUUGGAGCAGGGUAUUGCAGAGUCCACUCACACCACGAUAGAGGAGGACGAGGAGGAGACAGACCAGAAUUCAGGACUUGAUGAGGACCUGCACAGACGGCUACAUGAGGCAGAGAAGAGGAAUGGAGAGCUGGAGAAAGAGAUGGAGAGUCUAAGGGUGGAGAUCGGGGGCCUGAAGUCCUCCAAGGAGACAGAACUGCGUGUCUGCCCGUCGUCUCUUUCUCUGCCUGCCCACUGUCUGGACAAUGCGAGUGCGGCAUGCUGUGCUGUGCUGUGCUGUGACUCGCACACAAAAAAAGACUGCAUCUGUACCCUGGCCUGCAAUCCUGUUCAGUGGCUGACUGUGAGUGUGUUUCAGGGGAAAAGAUCACCCCCUGCCUGUCACUACCCGCUGGUGAUCCCUCUCCACCGCCACCUGCUGCUGUUCCACAGGGUGCGCUGGCCACAGGAGAGGACUGAGUCCUACCUGUUGGUGUGUGCGGAGGGGGGAGAGCCCCAAGCCUGGGACAGACACUGCUGUGCUGAAAUCUCCUGA